CGAUUGAAAUAUUGACUCUAGUGGAUAUUUUGUUGUUAAUAGGGUUUGUUCUCCCUAAUUGCUUGAAGCAUGUUUGUUAAGAAGUUACCAAAAAUUGUGUUAAGUAAUACAUCAGCACGAUCGUACUGUGUACCAGUAGUAAAUAUUUUUGACAGAAAUGUGAAGCGACUACAAAGAGAACGAGCUGCUAAACGUGAUGAUGUUGAACUAUAUGAUUAUAUUAAGGAAGAAGUUGGGUUCCGACUGUCCGAUCGGAUUUUCGACGUGCAACGAAAGUUCAAAAAUGCUGUUGACUUGGGUGCUGGCCGCGGUUUUGUUACAAACAACGUGCUUGCAGAAUCCGUUGAGAAAUUGACCGUCAUUGACAUGAGCCCAACGAUGCUGUCUCAAGUGAAAGGAACUCCUGGACUUAAUUUCAAUACACACGAAAUGGAUGAAGAACAAUUCGAUUUUAAGAAGGAAAGUCUUGAUUUGGUUGUUUCCAGUUUAAGUUUGCAUUGGAUAAACGAUUUGCCAGCAUGUUUCCGAGCUAUAAAUAACGCCUUGGUCCCAGAUGGAGUCUUCAUGGGUGCUAUGUUUGGAGGAGAAACUCUAUUCGAACUGAGAUCUUCACUACAAUUAGCUGAACAAGAAAGAAAAGGUGGUCUGUCUCCACAUAUAUCUCCGUUUGCAAAAAUCAGAGACGUAGGCAUGCUGCUGAAUCGGACGAACUUCACUAUGCUGACCAUCGACACUGACGAGAUUGUAGUGGGGUAUCCGUCGAUGUUUGAACUGAUGAGUGACCUGAAGGGAAUGGCAGAAAACAAUGCUGCCUUCAGUCGACCGUUGAACCUAAACCGCGACGUAAUUUUGGCGGCUGCCGCCAUAUAUCAGGAUAUGUACGGAAGCGACGACAAAAUUACUGCUACUUUUCAGGUGAUUUAUUUUGUCGGUUGGAAACCAAGCCCUACUCAACCAAAGCCACUAGAACGGGGAUCUGCUGACGUUUCGUUGAAGGAUUUAGCAAGCAUUGUUGGACCGAAAAGCGUGAAAAGCAAAUAGUAUUGAAAAUUUUUGACUUUA